AUGUGCUCGUCAAUAUACUCCAAAAACGUGAGACCUGAGUCCUGCGAGCCGCACAUAUUCACAGCAGGACAAAGGAUGGUGAGGAACCCCGUAUCGAGCCUUUCAUCAUCAGAAGGCUCGAUCAAAAACUCAGGAAUCGGCCUCACAGCUGGUCGCAUUCAAGGCGCCACCAUGAGAAGAGGAUUUCGAGCUCUUUCGAAGGAUACAGCACCAUUUGGCGACUGGAACGCAAUCUUCAGGCGCCAAAACGCCUUUUAUGUUGACGAAACUGAGGGUCAUCGAUGGGUCGCACUAGAUGGUUCCGACCUUGAAGUGCUGCAGUAUGACCACCGCGAGCGCUACUUGGAACUCGAUGGAAUUGGGUAUGGCCGACUUUGGACUCUGCCGGGGAUGACUAAAGUCAAGAGGAUUGUGAUUGAUGAUGACCAGUUGUCUAACGCGUGGAAGGACAAUCUCAGGACUUUGAGCUUCCAGAUCAAAGGCAUGCGUCAGGCGUUACCAGCAUGUCCGCUGAUGAGGUUUGAGCGCGAACAGGUGGCCGUGUAUGUCCAUGGAAUGGCCAUGGUGCAUGUCAGCUUGAUGCCAACCCGAUACUGA